AUGUCAGCAUUUGGAAGGCCGUACGAUAGGGCUGCUCUGUCAGAUAUUACCAAUCGAAGUGGCCAGCAUCAGCAUGUGAACUACAGUUACUCACCGCGUCUACAAGUUGGAAGUUACAAACGUGGUGAUGAUGGCUGCCGAAUGCACACUGCAGAUUCUGAAGCACAGUUUGCAGCUAAUGUAAUGGGGAACCAACACAGGCCUCACAUAAAGCGUUUGGAAAUGCAAGGGAGUGCAGGGCCAUCUGAACUGAAUUGCAGAUACAAUGCUCGUACUGCAAAGAACAUAGUCGAUUCGAGAGGUGCCCAUUCCUGGCUUGAUGCAAACCCAGAAGUAUACAAGAUGAUGCAGAUGUCACUGGAGCUGCUGAUGUCCCGAAGCAGAAAAAUCCACCCACCAAAUUUGCCUGAUUGCACUUAUGGUGGGGAACUGCAAAAGGUUACAAAUUCACAAGUUCAUGGUAUUGCGCAGCCAUCUGACGUACACAAGAUGGUUCAGACGUCAUUGGAGAUGGAGAUGCUGAUGUCCCAGAGCAGAAAUGUUUGCCCAGCAAAUUUGCCUGGUUCCACUUAUGGUGGGGAAUCGGCAAGUGUUGCAAGUCCACAAGUUGAUGGUACUACAUACUUGUACAGGGGAAUUGAUGAUGAUCUUCCACCACCAAACUUGAACAGUACAGAUAUGAGGGGCACUGAGCAUGUCAGUGGUAAUGGAAGAGCAAUUACUCCUACUAGUUCAUAUGAUACGGCACAGACAGCUAUGGAAGCACAAAUUCAUCAGCUUGAGCUAGAAGCAUAUUGUUCGGUUCUUCGUGCAUUUAAAGCACAGUCUGAUACCAUUACAUGGGAGAAAGAAGGUCUCAUAACAGAACUUGGGGAGAAGCUACGUGUAUCUGACGAAGAACAUAGGCAGCUAUUAAACAAGAUCUACAAUGAUGAUUUUAUUCGCAGCAUAAGCGAAUGGAGAUCAAAAGGAAGAUUUGAUGCAAGGGCGCCCAAUAAUCCUAUGCCAGGAUAUGAUCCUUUGUCCAUUCAUACUACCUCUACCCACAAGAGGCAAAAGACAUCUCAACCCCUCACUGCUUCACCUGCACCAUCUCCUCUGAUGCAUUCACAGCAGGUGGCUGCACCAACACACCCAUCAUCUUCAACAGCUACGAAGGAAGUUCCACCAGGACCUAAAGGCAAAAGGCUAAAAACGGGCCAGAAGGUACCUGGGGGCUCUGCAGUGAAGUCCAUGCCAUCUUCAGAAGGUCUUAGUGCAAGAAGACCACAUUUGAAUAGAUAUUUUCCUGGUUGUCCUGCUGCUGAACUUUCUCAAGCACAGAAUGUCAACCCAUUAAUUGGCCGUAAAGCCAUGAAUCGUUGGCCUGAUGAUAAUAAUUUCUAUGAAGUAGUUAUAUCUGAUUACAAUCAAGAAACGGGCCUUUACGCGCUGGUUCAUGACAUGAAUACAUCAAAUGAGACCUGGGAGUGGGUUGAUCUUAAGAAGAUGGGACAGGAAGAUAUAAGAUGGCAAGAGGAUGGGUCUGGGAUAGACCCUGUGAUGUAUUUACAAAGUCAAGGUGCUCGAACUAGUGGUGCUGGGAAGUCCACUAGCCAUGGUGGGCCGAAGCCUGUUCCUGGCAGAGGAAUAAGUUUCCAGAAGAAUGUAUCCAAGAAGGAUUUUCUACCUCCACAAAAUGUUGCUGAGACAAGAAGUUACAACAAUAUCAAUAUAUUUCAUACUGGGAGCCUGAUAAAAGUGGUGAAGAAAAUUUUUAGCGUUAGCAAUCCUGAUCCCCUGGAAGUAGAGAGGGCAAAGAAAGCAUUGGAAGUUAGCAAAACCCUGGGAGAAGGAAUGUAUCAGGUGCUGCCGUGCUGGUAA